UCAGGAGAUCAGGAAGAAGAGGCUCUGCCCCAAGAAACUGGAACCGGUUCUGAGCCUGUUAUCCCUGAAGGAAUUGUGAGACCUGUUCAAGUUGCUGACCUUCAUCCAGAGCAAAAGGCUGCAAGUCCUCCUGUCUCUGCAAGUGGUGACACGGCGAUGGGGGAUGCCUCGAAGAUGGCUGCUUCAGAUCUUGAUUCAAGGCUUUCUUCUUUCCUGGCUCGCUUUGAUCUCUUGGAAUUCAACAGCCUUCCUGCCAGCCACUUCCAUGUUUUUGGGUCUUCUUAUGGCAGCUUCUUGCGCUUCUCUGUUCCUGUGGAAGGCCUGCCACUGCUAGAGAGCCUGCUCAAGAGUCACGGGGAUUUUACCAGCGGCUUCAGGGGAGGCAUUUUUCUAGGCAAUAUUUUGAUGGAGUUGCUGUGUGCUGUGCUGAUUUCCCUAAGGAAUUCCUCUGUAGAUUCCCUGUCUGAAGAAAAGCUCUUGGAGUGGAGAGGGGUGGUGCAAGACCUUCUGGAGGCCAAGUUCAAUUUGUCUUUUCUGCUGGAUCACUUGCGUUUACUGGCUCAUAUGUUGUUUCAAAGGCAAUCAUUCAAGAGCAUAGACACUGAGAUAGCUGCUGCUGAGGAAGAUUUGGCUCAUGCUCACAAGGCUUUACAAGACUUGAAGGUCAAGCGGCAGAGGAUCCUUUCUUCUUUGACUGUGCCUGUUAUUUCUCCGGAUUCCUCCCUGUUGGCUGGCCUUAUUCCUUAG